AAGGUAGUGAUGAGGGGAGGAGUUUUGUAGAAGUAUGUGGUAAAUAAUACAGGAAUUAAUAGUUUUAAAAAUAUUGUAUGUAUCUUUUUUAAAACUGUAGAUUUAUUGUUGUUUGAUUGGAUGUAUAAAUUUUUUAUUGUUCGCUGGAAUUAGGAACUAUUUUCUCUAUCGGAAGCCACAUCGCUGCGCUUCGUGCAUGACGUGUGCGUGGGCGGGCUUUCAAGCGGCACUUGGUUAAAUUGACAGUGCGGCGUCAUUACGUCAUACGUGAGUGGGCGGGGUCUUCUUCCUGGUCACGCUGUAGAUAGUUUAAGGCGGCUCAUACAGGUCAUUCAUACAGAGAGUGUGUGAGAGAGUGUGUGUGUGUUUUAUUCUGUAAAUCAGCGCGAUGUCUAAACAGAAGAAAACAGAGGAGAUCAUGGAGUCCGAGGUGCUCUGGCACCCGAACUCGAAGAAGAACACGCAGAUGGAGCACUUCAGGGCUCAGGUGAACCGGGACUACGGGCAGAAACUGGUGAACUAUAACGAGCUGUACCAAUGGUCUGUGGAGAAUUACGCUGAUUUCUGGUCUGAAGUUUGGAGGUUCUGCAGCAUCACCAGCUCGAAGCAGUAUGAGGAGGUUGUGGACAUGUCUAAGAGGAUCUCUGAUGUUCCUGAGUGGUUCAAAGGAAGCAGACUGAACUACGCUGAGAACCUUCUCAAACACACUGAUCAGGAGAAGGUGGCACUGUAUGCUGCAGCUGAAGGAGGAGAAGAAAUCGUGAAGGUGACGUUUGGAGAACUGAGGCGUGAAGUCGCUCGCUUUGCUGCAUCGAUGAGGAAGAUGGGCAUUAAAGCUGGAGACAGAGUCGUAGGGUAUCUGCCUAAUGGUGUACAUGCGGUGGAGGCGAUGUUGGCUGUAGCGAGUAUCGGAGCGAUUUGGAGUUCUACGUCUCCAGACUUCGGAGUCAAUGGGGUGUUAGACAGAUUCUCUCAGAUCCAGCCAAAGUUGAUUUUUUCAGUAGCUGCAGUUGUGUAUAAUGGCAAACAACACGACCACAUGGAGAAACUGCAGAGAGUCGUUAAAGGUCUUCCUGAUCUGAAGAAGGUUGUUGUCAUUCCAUAUGUUCGAUCCAAAGAAGAAACGGACCUGUCCAAAAUCCCUAAUAGUGUGUUUCUGGAUGUGUUUUGGACACAGGGAUGGAAGGAGCAGGAUCCUCAGUUAGAGUUUGAGCAGCUUCCUUCUCAUCCUCUGUUCAUUAUGUACUCCUCUGGCACCACGGGGGCGCCCAAGUGCAUGGUGCACUCUGCUGGGGGGACUCUGAUUCAGCACCUUAAGGAACACAUUCUCCAUGGCAACAUGACCAGCAGUGAUGUCAUCAUCUACUACACUACAACCGGGUGGAUGAUGUGGAACUGGUUGGUGUCGUCUCUGGCUGUUGGUGCGUCGGUCGUUCUGUAUGACGGUUCUCCGCUUGUUCCGACACCUGAUGUUCUGUGGAACCUGGUGGACCAGCUCGGAAUAACUAUAUUCGGUACAGGAGCCAAAUGGCUGUCUGUCCUGGAGGAGAGGAACCUGAAGCCGGCUGAAACACACAGUCUGCAGAGUUUACACACCAUCCUGUCCACUGGAUCGCCAUUAAAGCCUCAGAGUUACGAGUAUGUUUACAGCUGCAUCAAACACAACGUCCUGCUCGCCUCUAUUUCAGGUGGGACAGACAUCAUCUCAUGCUUCAUGGGGCAGAACCACACUGUUCCAGUGUACAGAGGAGAGAUCCAGGCCAGGAACCUGGGUAUGGCUGUGGAGGCCUGGAGUCCUGAAGGUAAAGCCGUGUGGGGUGAGAGUGGUGAGUUGGUGUGUUUGAAGCCGAUCCCGUGUCAGCCCACUCACUUCUGGAACGAUGAUAACGGCAACAAAUACCGCAAAGCGUAUUUCUCAACCUACCCAGGAGUGUGGGCUCAUGGUGAUUUCUGCAAGAUCAACCCAAAGACCGGAGGAAUAGUGAUGCUGGGGAGAAGUGACGGGACUCUGAACCCUAACGGCGUUCGCUUCGGGAGCUCCGAAAUCUACAACAUCGUGGAAGCGUUUGAGGAGGUGUGUGACAGUGUGUGUGUUCCUCAGUAUAACUCGGAUGGAGAAGAGCGAGUUAUUCUCUUCCUCAAACUGGUGCAGAAUCAAAACUUCACCCCCGAGCUGGUGGCAAAAAUCCGCAGUGCCAUCAGAGUGUCCCUGUCUGCUCGCCAUGUCCCCUCUGUCAUCCUACAGACCAAAGAUAUCCCGUACACCAUCAGUGGGAAGAAGGUGGAGGUGGCGGUGAAGCAGGUGAUUGCAGGGAAGGAGGUGACUCAGCGUGGUGCGUUCUCCAACCCUGACUCUCUGGACCUCUAUAAGAACAUACCUGAACUGCAGAACUUCUAAGUGACCUGCUGCUGGAGCUUUAACACGUGCUGUUUCCCUGCUGAAACACCUGAUAAAGGAAUCAUGAUCUUUUUGAUCUUUCUGAAUCAUGCUGAACUCCAUAUCUACUGAACACCUGAGGGAAUGUCACAUGACCUGUUUCAUCUGAUACGAGGUUUGAAAUGGUUUGACCUCAGGUGGGGGAAAUUAAAACAUCAGUAGUCACAUGACUAUGACCUCAUCAUCAGUAGUCACAUGACCAUGAUCUCAUCAUUUGGAGUCACAUGACCAUGAGUGACCUUCAAAAGCCUAAAACAAAGCUUGUUUAACUCCCGCGUUGCAGUGAGAGCGAAAAGGCUUUAUCAUAGCAGUGUCAUAACCACGCCCUUUAACAGGACACGCCCCUUGUCAUAACCACGCCCCUAAACAUUAUGAUUCAUUUUAACACCACAGUUGAAGCUGCAGAAAUUUACUGUUAUUACAUUUAUAAACUGUAGAUAUAAACUAUUCUAGUUACAUAAGAUAAUUAACCACACCCCCUGUCUGUAGCCCUGCCCUCUAAUUCUAACUCCACCCUUAGCCACUUUUACUUUUAAUUACCAUCAUAACCCCACCCUCUAUCUCAAAGCCACCCAAAUGUUAACCCGACCCCAUCACUCCAUCCACAGACUUAACCACACCCAUAUUCUUAAUCCGACUUUACAGCUUUGAUUUAAUCUGUGCAAAUCUAUCUCUAACCCCACCCACAAUUAUAACUCCACCCACAAUUAUAACCCCACCUCUAACUCCACCCACAAUUAUAACCCCACCUCUAACCCCACCCACAAUUAUAACCCCACCCCUAACUCCGCCCACAAUUAGAACCCCAGCUCUAACUCCACCCACAAUUAUAACCCCACCCCUUAAUCUAAACACAGUUAUUGAUCCCGCCCCUUUCUGUGCUGUAAAUGUAAAUAAAGAAUAUAAAACUAUUUAAACAGAUAUUUUUAAAGUUUGUAUUUUACCCAGAAUGCCUUGGGGGAGGUCAUUGUGCUUAACCUCACAUUCCUGCCAGUCCUAAAGAUCUGAUCGCAGUGGGUGAUGGUGUGACCUCUGAACCCUGUUAUAUUGGAAAUUGAUGUAAAUGUGUGUAAACAUUUAAUGUUUCUGUUCCACAUUAACCCAAAUAUAUUUAUAACUCCAACCCUGAA